GGAAAACUUUAAUGCACUGCACUGGAGGUUACUGUAGCUGUUUGCCUUGCCAUUUGAUGAUCGCUGCAGUCAAGUUUGUAGAUGCUGUUUUUACGGAACAAGCUGUUGCCAUCUCAGCACUCAAUACGGUGGUUUCAUGUGCGUUCCCUUCUCAUAGCUGCUCUUUCCUGUGCUGCCUUCUGUGUUUGUUAAUUCACUGCCCAUGUCUGGAAUCCCUGAUGACUUUAUUGUCAGUGUGAAUUCUGUGAGGAGCUGAAUAAAAGCCCCUCAAAACAUUUUUGGCUUUGUUCCAGAUUGCUGCACGCUGAGACUUGGACUCCCUACGAUAAAUAACUGACAGUGCAGAAUCGUCUGUACACUGGGAGUUGCAGCAGCAGAUACAUUUGAGCUUAAGUUUACCUUGGCGGAAAAUCUAAUUUAUUUCAAGCGGGACAAAGACAUAUUAUUAAAAAUGCCACGUUGUUUUGUAAUCGGUUGCCCUACUAAACAAAUGAGGGGGAAAAAAACAAGUGAUACCUCUCUGCAUUGCUUUCCGACCUCGCCUAACAGAAUACGGGCAUGGAUACAGAGCACUGGACAAGCUGUGGGGGACAUGGAUCAUCUGGUUGAAAAAAUAAUCGAAACAAAGAAAAACGGUAUAUUCCGAAUGUGCUCAAGGCAUUUCAGGGAAAAUGAUUAUGAAAUGAUUGGAGUACGCAAAUCCCUAAAAAAAGACGCAAUACCAACCCGGUUUGACAGCCCCGUAACAAAUCCAGACAUUUCAAAUAUAAAUGAACCACAAUCUACAGAAAGCAUUCAACCUCCACCCAAAAAGAAAAGGGAAUGGUCACACAAAAGUAGACAUACUACUACACAUGGUCUAAUAACAACAAGGUCUAUAGGAACCUGGACCGGUCUCAUAUCAGAAGUUUUUGAAGAGUUGUCUGUGGAAUUACAGACAAUGAGGAAUUAUAACACUAUAACACAGGAGAAAACAUCAUGCAAUAUAAUAAAUAGUCCUUUGAAAGUUACAGACAUCCAACCAACCUGUACAAGUGCUCCACAAACAAGCAAACCUCGAACAUCAUCAGUCCCUAGCCCCAUUAUAAGGUCUCAGUGUUGCACAACGUCACUGACUAUGAACAAGAUGAAGAAGCUGCCUGAGUUGAUCCUGAAUCACAUCCUGGAGAUUCUCUACCUGCUGACGGGAGAGCGUGUGACUAACUCACUGACAGCGAGUCACAUGACCGGGGACAAGAUGACAACAGAGAGGAUACUGACCCACACUCUGCAGAUCGUGUACCUGCUGACAGGGGAGGAGUGGGAGUAUUUAGAGGGACACAAGGAGCUUUACAAGGACGUCAUGAUGGAGACUCACCAAGCACUAAGCACAAUGGAGACCCCAGGAAAUGAGAGCUCAGGUGACAGUGAUGACAAUCUAGACACAGUAGAUGCAGAACUUGCACAGAAUAUUCAGCCAGUGGAGACCCCAUCAGACGUCUCUGCAGAUGAAGAUAACACUGAUAUAAUUAAAGUAGAGAUAACAGAAGAUCUGUGUGUGACACAUCAGCUUGGAGCCCCGAAUCAGGAAACCAAUGACCGUAUCAGCUCAGGCCGUAUGGAUGUGACGCCUUCAGAUGGCUCCACGGUUGAGCACAGAAGAGAACCGUAUGUGUGUGAUCAGGUGAUUUUACAAACUGCAAUAAUGCUAGUCAUGGUCAAACUGCAGAUACUUCUUCAAUCUUCUUCAAAAUCAAAAAAGCAAUGUGGGAAAUGUAUUUUCCGAUACAGGAGAGGAGAGAUUUUUCAUGUUACGAAUGUGGGAAAUGUUUUACCCUGGAAAUCAACUCUUAUUAAGCAUCAGCGAAUUCACACAGGAGAGAAACCAUUUUCAUGUUAUGAAUGUGGGAAAUGUUUUACCUGGAAAUCAGCUCUUAUUAAGCAUCAAAUAAUUCACACAGGAGAGAAACCAUUUUCAUGUUCAGACUGUGGGAAAUGUUUUACUCUAAAAUCAAAUCUUAUUACUCAUCAGAAAAUUCAUACAGGAGAGAAACCAUUUUCAUGUUCUGACUGUGGAAAAUGUUUUACUCUAAAAUCAAAUCUUAUUACUCAUCAGAUAAUCCAUACAGGAGAGAAAGGAUUUUCUUGUUCUAUAUGUGGGAAAUGUUUUAACCGUAAAUCAAAUCUUAUUGUUCAUCAGAAAAUUCAUACAGAAGAGAAAGCAUUUUCAUAUUCUGAUGGUAGGAAAUGUUUUACUCAGAAUUCGUCUUCUUCAUCAUCAGAAAAUUAGUAUUGAAGAAAAUCAGACCAUAAGCUCUUAAGUGCUGAGGGCAACAUGUAGUUGUCAUCCAUAAAAUACCUAGAGUGCUGAUGAUGACUUCAUAUCGUCCUCAGGGGCUACACUUUUAGAGUUGCUUGAGGCCUCUUCUGCACCUCAAGCUAUUUAUUCCUGUGGUAUCUGAGGUCUGGGUUUGAAUAGUUAAGUGUUCAUCUGGCAUUACAAAAUAUGCAAUUAUUUGAGUAGAGUUUUAUGGGAGAGAGCUCCUAUAUACAGAUUAAAGUUCUAAAAAAUAAACCCAAAGGCACCUAUUUAUAUGUUGAUAAACCAUUUUUUGAAAUGUAGAUACUGUUGAUGGCAUAAGUGUAAGAGGCAUCAAAAAGCUCUUGUCUGUAUAAGGAUAAUACCCUUGGCUGAAUAAAAUGCAUUGUGUUUAAAUAUAAUAAAAAAAUACUUUUUUUAAAAUA